AACAGUUCAUUUACAUCUAAAGUUAAAAACCCGCCUUUUUUUAGCACACGCUUAUCUCCAUAUAAUAUACUAUAUACAUAUAAACUUCCCUUGACUAUUAUUCAUCUUCUUUCUACACUAUCCUUUUCAAUUUCUAGUCAAAUUCGUUGUUUCUGUGGAAAGUUCCAUCAAUUUUCUGGUGAUUUGUAGAAGUAAUAAAGCGAGAUCGAUGACGAUCACGGAGUCGCCGGAGAGUCUUACGUCGUCGAGCGACGAUAACAGCAACCUUCGAAGGCGACGUAGCGGUGGUGCUAAAGCUGUGGAGGAUGUGACGGAGUCGGAUUCCAGCUCCGCGAUGGAAGCUUCUAGUAGCUCGGAUGACGUAACAGGUGACGUCGGAGAUGGCAAGUUCAGUGAUGGAAAUGAAAUUCAGGAGGAGAAGGUUGAGAAUGAGGAGCAGAGGAAAGCAACUGAAACGACGCCGUUGAAAUAUGUUUAUAGAGCGUCGGCGCCGGCUCAUCGGCGAAUCAAGGAAAGUCCUCUCAGCUCCGCUGCCAUUUUCAAACAAAGUCAUGCAGGCCUACUCAAUCUCUGUGUAGUGGUGCUUAUUGCCGUAAACAGCAGGCUGAUUAUCGAAAAUUUGAUGAAGUAUGGCUUGUUAAUUGGCUCUGGCUUCUGGUUUAGUUCAACAUCAUUAAGAGAUUGGCCACUUCUGCUGUGUUGUCUUAGUCUCCCCAUUUUCCCUCUUGCUGCUUUUCUUGUCGAGAAGCUGGCACAGAAGAAGUAUAUGGCUGAACGUGUAGUUGUCACUCUUCACAUAAUUAUCACAACAGCUGCCAUUUUGUAUCCAGUUAUGGUCAUACUCAGGUGUGAUUCUGCUUUCCUAGCGGGUGUCACAUUGAUGCUGUUUGCUUGCGUUGUGUGGAUGAAACUGGUUUCUUAUGCACAUACAAGUUAUGAUAUGAGACAGCUUGCGGAAUCCGUAGAUAAGGGUGAAAAUUCAGAUAUCAACUACUCUUAUGAUGUUAGUUUCAAGAGUUUGGCUUACUUCAUGGUUGCCCCAACUUUGUGCUAUCAGCUUAGCUAUCCUCGCACUGCAUGCAUUCGGAAGGGGUGGCUGACACGCCAACUCAUCAAGCUGGUAAUUUUUACAGGAUUUAUGGGAUUCAUCAUUGAACAGUAUAUUAACCCAAUUGUGCAAAACUCACAACAUCCAUUGAAAGGAGACCUUUUAUACGCCAUCGAGAGGGUAUUGAGGCUUUCACUUCCAAAUUUAUAUGUCUGGCUCUGCAUGUUCUACUGCCUCUUUCAUCUUUGGCUAAAUAUACUUGCAGAACUUCUGCGAUUUGGGGAUCGUGAGUUCUACAAAGAUUGGUGGAAUGCAAAAACUAUUGAUGAGUAUUGGAGACUCUGGAAUAUGGUAUGUAAUUCUACCUUCUUUUUAUGUUAUUGCCUGAUAUUUAUGCAUGCAAAAAAUGUGUUUGUCUUAGUUACCUGGAAGUGGAACUUUCAGAAGACUAUUGAUGUUUCAGUCUUGUGAUAAAUAGCAUUACGAAUCCUAUUUUGGACUGCUCAGUUUUGCUUUGGGGUAAAUUUUGCAUUAACACAAACUGAUGUUAUAGUGUCUAGCUUGAUUUUGGACAUAUGCGAACCUAUUAUAAGAGAAAUCCUCCCUGUUUCGGGUUGUCUGGCUAGCUCUUGAGAAGACUUGAAAUGUCUGACAUUCAAUGAGUCUCUGAAGGAUGAAAGUGGCAAUCCGGCAAAAUCUCUCAAGAUAAGAGAAACCACCCUGGGGGGUUGUGUUAUGCACUUAUUUGGCCAGCGAGUAUAUUGGCAAAUGACUGUUCCAUAUACGGCUAUGCACACAUGUGGGCAGCGAGCACAUUGAGAAAUGACUACUCAUUGCAUCCUGUAGGUAGUAGCAUACUUGCUUGUGUGCGUCUGUCUCC